AUGCCUUUCUUGGGACGUGAAAAGGGACGCAGUCCGCGAUCUCGCAGAUCCGACGAUGAAUUCGUUGUGUUCCUCCAGGGGAUCCCAGCUCACUGCCGCUGGCAAGAACUCAAGGACCUAGUGCGCCAGACAGCACAGCAUAUUCGACAGGCAGUAGUAUAUGAUGACAACCACGGCUUCCCCACGGGAUUGGGGCAGAUCAUUGUCAAAGAUGAGGACGAAGCGUGGCGAACGUAUCAUCGAUUAUCCACCAAUGGAUGGGAGGGCCAGAGCCUGGUUGUCACGCUGGCUCGCACCAGUGCGCCCACCAAGCCCAUUGCCGGGCCUACCAGAAGCCCACCGGCCAUGAUGCCUUCAGGGUACAUGGCCGGGCACUCGACGCCUCCCCGAGUGCAGGGCAACAUGGCUAUGCCGCCAUCACCGAUCUCGCCCGAGUACGAAACUAUCAUUCUGCUUUCCUUGACCAAGCUAAUUGUUUUCAUUAGAUCUGUCCACCCGGCCAGUCCCACAUAUGCGUACCCAGAGUACGGCCCGAUGAUGGGGGCAAUGUCCAUGCCACAGCAGUUCAUGCCAAUGAUGCCAGAUCCACUAGCCCAGCCGGUACAGUGCUUCUCGCCCUCGCCACUGAUGCACUGCUCGGUGUACGAUGGGACAAGCUGGAAUAUGCUCCCAAGCUACCCGGUAUCACCGAUGCAUCCGCUGCACGAAGCGCGCGAAGAUGAUGACAGCCCCGACACGUCUCCACGCUACCAUCCCCACAAGUCGCGGGCCAGCCACACAGACCCCAGCUCGCCGACAUAUUCACUAGUGUGGCGAACCGUCCGCAUCCAGAACCUCCACACCGCCACGACGAGCGCCGACCUGAAGACACUGCUGCAAGGCGCCGGCAAUGUCGAACAGUGCCAGAUAGUCGGCACGUCGGACGCGCACUCACCGCAAGACCAGACACACGGGUCGGCAACCCUGCACAGCGCCGACGAGGCGCGGCGGGCCGUCAGCAUGUUCAACAACAUGACGUUUAUGGGGUCGCGGAUCCGGGUCAAGCUCGACGGUAGCGCGCAUGCUGCACGCGGCGGCAGCUGGGAUGGCAAGCUCGCUGCGCAGGCGGAUGACCCAGACCCGCUGGAUUUGUCUCUCAGCGACGAGCUGUCUGACUCUUCUGAGGAGCGAUACACACCGGUCAAGAGGGUCGUCGACCCUUUUCAGCCGCUGGUCGUUGAUGGGUCAGGGCUGGCGAACAUGUCGGUAGAUCUGUUGUCGACGUCGGCGCCGACAUGA